AUGUACUACAUAGCUCUCUCCACUGUAGAUAUCACAUCUUCUGCAGUUCUCAUUCCUGUCCUGUCCUCCUCUUUGGCGCGGCACAAAAACGUGGAAGGUUUCGGUCACGCACUCAUGCAAGCGAUGCAUGCGGUCGAAGACUCGAUUGCCACACCUCAACAAUGGGAGGAUCGCGUUGUUCCACACCUGAAGGAUAUUCUUCAAGAAGGAUGGGAAGGAGCGGAAUGGGAGAAGAUACGGGACAUCGCGAUGAACCGUAGUAUCUCCAAAUUUUCCCGCCUCUGCGAAUUCUUCGAAGUGUGUUGGGACUCAGGUGCCUAUGCGGAAGGAUUCGGCAUCUGUGAUAAUCCCGCAAUAAUUCAGGCCUAUGGGAUCGUGGUGCAAGCCAUUGAAGCGCGGGAGGACCGGUGGAUAGGGAUGUCCAAGCACGAACUGUACGAGAAGCUGCACUUCGUGUUCCAAGGUGAAAAGCUCGGUUGCCGGAAUGACGUUCUCGACGACAAGCAGGAGGAGGUGCUAGACGAAAUCCUUGAGAUCGAGGAUAAGGUCGCCGACAUCGUCUUUGACCUAUUCGGGGAGGUCAGCCCCGCACUGGUGGAGCGUGGUCGAUUGGGCAUCGAUGGACGCCCACAAGAAUGCGACACCACGGAAAAGAAGGCUCUAUGGGACACCAGCCGGGGGCUGAUCACGCAGGCGCGUCGCAAGCGGGAUCUGCUAGCCUGCGCAAUUCGUGCUGAUGGGUGGAUCGAAGGGGUGUUUAUGGGGCGGGAAUGGAUGAAAGGCGCUUCUCCCGCGCUGGUAUCUUUGAUGGGAGGGGUGCUGCAGGGAUUUGCAAACCGGCCGGACUACAAAUCGACAAGCUCGUUGACCGGCGAGUUACAUUAUCUGCGGCGGCUAUUGGGCGAAGGCAGGUUCUACGAGAGCGAAUGGAUCCCCAUCCUCGACAUGUUCCGCAGGACCGAUAGCGUGAUGACGCAAUCCACUCUCAAAGCGCUUUCGAAUGCUGUGCGGCUGCCGGAAGCACGACAGCGAUGGGCUGAUAUCAGUAGCCGAGCGCGAGAGCUAUGGCGGGAAUCCGGGAAGUCGUUCAGGAUGCCGAUAGCCAUCGACGCAAACUUGGCCAACGUCAAAGCUGCCCAAGCACUGCGAGGGGUCGUGAACUUGGGUAACAGGCCGCUCAUCGCCGCUGGCCGACGUGCUUUGAGAGCUCAGGUCGAAGACAAGGUUGGCACGUUUCCACACACGGAGACCUGGGCGAGCUAUUUUGCGGAUGUUCACCAACUCAAACUUGGUAACAUGAGCGGGAUGACGUUUUGUGCUCGUGCAACUGCGCGGGAAUCGGUUUUCGCUAAGGUGAUGGGUCUGCUUGAACGCUCGCUCUACGAGAAAGAGAAGACCGAUGAGCUCGACAAAUCAAAGCAUAGUCUUCACCGGUUUUUGGUUGAGUUCCACUACCGAGAGCUCGAUGCGGACGGCCGUGUGGAGUCGGCACAAGUUGACGCCACCAUCAUCGAGGAGAGGUUCAUGUGGUCCAAGCCCGCAACAAGGAUGGAAGUUGACUGGCAAAACGAGGAUGCGCGGGCAGACGCGUUGGCGGAAGAACAGGCUCUGUGGGAUGACGACACGUUUGGCGCAGGAAUCGAUGCAAGCCAGAGCCAACCCAAGGAAGAGGAACCUGAGUUGGACGGCAUGUUCGACUUUGGUACCGGGAACGGAGAGGAGGGUGAUCGGGAAGGUGAUCUAGAUAUGGAUAUCACCAUACACCAAGGUACCGAGCCCGCAAGGCAGAGUGAUAAGCCUGCUACCGACGUGGUCGACGAGGUUGGUAAAGCAACAACGGAAGUCACUACGGGAGCCAACAAGGAUACGGUGCGGGAAGGUGCGCAAAAGGCGGGAACCGGAGAAUCCUUCUUCCAUAAGGCUCUGGGUCGAAGGAUGGUCUACAUCGAUUGCACGAAGCACGUGUACCCGUCGUUGAAGAAGGAGAACGCUACCAAUAUCACCUGGAAGCAAGACGAGGAUGGUGAUUGGCUUCCCGCAAGUAUCAUUACGGCGAGUGAAAGUCGGACCGACCAGCAAGCCCGCGACGCGAGAGCCAAGGAGUGGAACAAUUUCGUUGAUACCGUGAAGACGAAAGCUGUGGUUCUUGCGGAACGAACGGGAACGACAUCGGUGACCAUCUGUGCUCGACCUAUGGUAGAAGACGACAAGGGAACGGUGGUGUUAUUCACCUCGCCGGGCAUGGUGGAACCCAAGGACGAGUCGUGGGAACCAAUGCUAAAAGCUUUCUGGGAGAACACGUACAGAGGCGCGGCGGACUUGUGCGAUCGUAUUGAAGAACGGGACGCAAAGUUUGUUGCGGCUAAGCCUGAGAAGGAAAAGGGCGGGAAGAGAGGUAAAGCCGGCGGGAAGUAG